CAGAAAUCUCGAGGGUGCCGUUGCUAUGGAUACAGCAGCGUCGCAAUCAGUAAAAGAGCUGCUACCAGAUGCUUCAAGUACCAAAACUGAAAUGUCACAGUGCAAAAACAGCCUCUGAAUCGUUUACAAGGGCGGAACUUCGAUAAAUGACAGUCCGUAGGCAAGGAGCAUCAGUGAUGAUAACAUCUGUGCUCUGCAUAAGUAGGAGGGCAAAUCCAGGGCCUUUAUUUCAACAAGUGUUGUAUCACUUAAACUUGAUCUGCUAGUGAAAUAUCAUGGAGCAUGAUGAUGAACUAAAGGAUUUGAAGCUUCAGUUCCAAGCACUACAAAAACAGCAGGAGAAAAAGAUAUUGGACAGGAAGAAGGAUAAAGAAACAGAUAAGCUUAAUGUCAGCGAUACCCAGGAUGAUUUGGAUCUAUCUAAGCAAGGUGUUCAGGAAGACAGAUCGCAACAGAAUGAUACUUUGCUGGACCAGCUGAGGGAGCUUAAGGAUGAAAAUGGUCGGCUCUUCAAACUUCUGAGCGAGAAGGAUUUUGAGAUUAAACACCUGAAGAAGAAAAGAGAAGAAGAACGACUGGCUUUAGCAGGCACAUCGGGCUUGACAGGGGAUAUAGCAGCCACCAAGAUAGUGGAGUUAUCCAAGAAGAAUAGAGAACUAGCUGCUGAAGUUGAGCGAGAAAAGAUUAAAUCCAAGCAACACAGCAACAGAAUUAAAGAGCUUGAAAAAGAGCUGCAAGUUGCUUUGGUGCACUCUCCACCUGAGCUAAAGACUGAUACCAAGUCACAGAACAGGAGAUCCACUGAAGACUGUGAGCAGGACAAUCCAGUGGUGAAAUCACUGCAAGAGAAAUUAUCUGCUGCCCAGCUGAAAGUGACUGAGUAUCGCAACCAGGUUCAAUCUGUCAAACAGGAGUUGAAAGUAGCUCAGAAGGUUUUGAUCAGUGAGGUUGGGGAAGAGGUCAACCUUCAGCAAUUGCUAAGCUGCCCAGGGAGUUUUAGAGGUCGCUCUCAGCAGAUACUGGCUCUUCAGACAAGGGUACGGGACCUUGAGCAGCAGUUGAACCAGUCAAAUCAGCGAAGACAGCAAAGUGUCCUGAGUGUAGAAGAAGAGUUUCUGGGUGUGGGGGUACUUCAGAAAACCCCUCCCCAGGACAGGAACCUCAGCUACAUUCGCUCCAUCGAGAAGGAGAAGAGGGAGGCAUUUGAGAGGAUCUCAGUAGACUAUGAGGCCCUCAUGAAAGACCAUGAGGAGGUGAAGAAAAAGCUGGAAGCCUCAAAAGCCCGGAACAAAAUUCUGUCUACCGAGAUGAAAACCCUGAAGGUCCAGAUAUCCACCCUCCUGGAGAAGGGUAAACAUGACGACGAGCUUGUGGAUGCUCUGCUGAAGCAGCAGGCCCGGAUGCAGGACGUGCUGAAACGACUCAGCCAACAGAGCAAGGAGACCCAGCAGCUGAGCAGUGAGCCUUCAGAACACAGCGCUCUGAUCCAAAAGCUUAAGUCCAAGAUCAAACAACUAGAGGAACAAAUCCAGCAGCUCCCUGCCAAGGAGGAGGGAUCGGAAAGACAGUCCAACCUCAAGACGAUCUGCAGUUCAGGAUCUCUUCCUGAAGAGGGCGACAUUAACAAGAGAAUAACAUCUUCAGGUUCUGUUUCCAAAUUUGGUCACAAACUGGUGCUGCCUGCUGUGGGAAGUAGUGUAGAAUUCAUGAGUCCAAGUUUUUUAAAAUGUCCACAAUGCUCCGCUGAUGUGAGCGCACUGAUGACUCAGUGUAAUGAAUAUAGAGCCCUCUGCGUGGAGAAGGACAGACUCUUUGAGCUGGUUAAAGUCCUACAGACAAAAGAAAAAGAGAUGUACCAGAGGUUUUUGGAGGCCAAACAGGAAUACCAGGAGGAACGCCGGAGGAUGGUGAUCCUGGAGCAGCAGCUGGAGAGGACACAAUUAGAUUCAAAGGCAGGAGUCUGAACAACUGGAACUGUCCACAGGCGAUUUUAAUAGACUGUCCAACAAGUCCAUUGGCAUUUGUGACAACACAGUAGUUGAGCUGGUUCUGAAAACAAGAUUGUUGUUUUUCCCAGUUUUAAAUUUAAACCAGACAGAAAUAGUGAUGCAUGGAAAUGGACACAGCCUGUGGACAGUGCUCAUUCCAACCGUCAUGUUUGGGUUGCACACAGAUGUCCAUGUUGCUCUUGUAUGUUGUCUCCUGGCUGGUCAUUCAGCUGGAGGAAAUGAAGGGUGCUGAGGGCAUCGCUGAAAAGCACUCUCCACCAUGACCUGCAGCUCUGCAGUGACGUGAUGAGACAAGUCAAGCAUGUUUUCCUGCAGGCUCUGUGACAGCCUAGACAAGACACUAACCAGGGGAACUGGCUGGUCCCUGCUCAACCUCACGUCCAGCUGAGCCCUACCUUCUCCUGUCACAUGUGACAAACAGCAGCCUGCAGGAAACAGGCUCUCCUCUUCUGCCACACAAACAUCCUGUAGAUCUCCGUCUUUUUCGUCGUUUGAGCCUUCAAGACAUUUGUGAUGUGCUGGGUGACCUCAGUUUAACCACUUAAGUUCCUUGAGAAGCAGAUCUUUCAAUUUAACCCUGAUGGCACCAGAUAAGUGUCCCCUUGGUUUCCUAUGUUAUGUUCUUGCUGUUUUAUAAAUGUCACUGUCACAUUUUAUUAGAUCUAUAUGUCUUUUCCACUGCUGGCAACCGUAAGUGCAUUUCAUUUCAGAGAACUACAGAGCAAUAAUGUAAUGUAAAACUAAUGGUUCGUCCAAUUUAAUCAAUAAAACAGGAACCGGAUCUUAACCAAAUAUUUACAAUAUAUUGUUUACCUUCAUGGCUAUGACCCUCCUAGAGAUUUUUGAGUUUUUUUUGGCUCCCGAUGGUUGUACAUAAAUGUGUGACAGGCCAAUCUAAAUACUAAACACCCCAGUUAAGUUACCAAAGACUUCAAUAUUCCUUUUAAAUAUUACUGCUAAUCAUUUCUGACUUGUAACCAGCUGUGUGGGAAUAGUGGUUGAAAAUGAAUGCAGGCUCAAGCUACACAAACUCCCACUGUAGUCCUCCAUACAGUCCCCAGAGCGUGUCACACGUAUGUACAGUACGCGAUCUUAGCUUUUUAAUCCAAAGGUUGUCUCGAUAUGCGUAGCCUUGUGGGAGUGGCCUCUACAUUCAUACUAACAUCCGAGUUAUUUUCUUCCGAUGAAGCCAAAAGGAUUUCAGCAGAAACCCCCUCCUGCUUCUCCUCUCCCUCCACAUCACGCUUAAUUUAAAACCAUGGCUGAGUUAGUGUACUGCUUCAAAUACCGCACUAUUUCUUCCAGGACCCUGUGGGAGAUUGGCAGGUCCCCAUUGGACUGAGCGAGAAAGUGCCACAAGACAAAAAUAUCAGAGUUUGGACAUGAUGAAGAAAGCCUUUAUGCUCAGAGUAACAAAAAACAGCUUGUGUUGAAUACCUCCUGGAUAGAAGGUGAGGCACCUUUAAUGUAGUAGAGUGAGAUGUGUCAUUGGAGGAACGGAUGAGAUACCAUAAGCUUAAUGACUACAUGCCCUGCAGGAUUGCCAAAUAUGUAUCAAAUGUAGCAAUGUGCGUCAGAAAGGGUGUUGAUGGAGCAAAUACUUGUCAUGGUCCCUAACUGCAUCCGAUUCCAGGGAAAAUGUUUAACUUAAUAAAUUUUUGUUUGUUUGUUUUUUUAAAAAAUCUGCAUAACACAACUUCAAAUAAAAAUGAAGCCAGUGUUUGUGAGCAACAUGUAAUCUAGAGCUUUUAUUUUGAACAUGUGGUAGUUGAACAGGACUGAUGUUACCAGCUUUUGGAUUUUAAAUAAAGCUUUUUGCUGCUCGAUGCUUAUUUUACUGUUUUAUUUCAGUGAAAAACCAGUGUUGUCAGAUUAAUAUGACCACUCUUACUGACUUCAGUCGUUAAAGAGUGUCAUCACUUUCAAAUAAAUUCCACUUUGCCAAACAAUUUUAAUAUUGUUUUAUGUAGCUGUAUUACGCAAAAAGGUGAAGAUUUAUUCCAAAAUGCCCAAUAACCCACCAAACCAAACACAAACUUAUGUAAA